AAUCAAUAACCAACAUCGCCUCCAAUAAAUAUCAUGACAUGGUGUCAGAAGUAAAACAGCAACAUACAAGACACUGGUAGGUCGACAACAAUUCAUUAUACAUACGAUUUGUGAAGCGACGAAAUACUAAUCAUGGCGGCCGGAUUCACACCACCGAUUAUGAACUGGCAAACAGGAGCCGAUAUCACCGACGAAUUCGCUCGUUUCAAGCAAUACUGUGAGCUGAUAUUCAAAGGUCCUUAUUCAAAGAAAACMGAAACCGAAAAAUCCUCAUACAUUUUAUUGUGGAUAGGCCGCCAAGGAGUUGAUAUAUACAACAGUUUCACRUGGGUYCGCGACGAAGACAAAAACAAGCCAGACAUCAUCUGGUCGCAAUUUGAAARACACUUAGCACCCAAARCUAACUUUAGGUUAGCUAGAUUUCAGCUACAACACAUGAAACAGAAUGACGACGAGAGCACCGAUGAUUUUAUGACAAGGUGUAGAAAUCAUGCAAAUAAAUGCAAAUUCAGAGAUAAACAAGAGAUAGACGAGCGACUCAUAGAACAAUUAAUUAUAGGAACUAAACACACUAAAGCUCAAGAACGCAUAAUUGAACACGGCGAAGGUCUUACACUCGACCAAGCAAUCGGAUAUGCUAGAACAUAUGAAGCAACAAUGUCUCAUGUAGCACAAUUAUCAAACACCAACACAACCGAUAACGAAAGCGUGCAUGCCAUAGGAAAGUCAGGAAUCGGGCACACAAGGAAAUGCGGAAACUGCGGAAAGUUCCACGAAUUUCGGAAAUGUCCCGCUUAUGGUUCUACUUGUAAUUAUUGUAAUAGACUCAACCACUGGAGUAAAAUGUGCCGCCAAAAGAACAGAUUCCAGCAACGUUCCAAUCACAGCACGACGCAAAACAACAAAUCCGUAGUUGACAACUAUAGCACUACCCAAGACACACGUCACCAACCCAAGCGGGUACAUGAAAUGAAUGCUACUGACUUAAAUAGUCCCUUCGAAACAUUACACUUUGAGUCGAUCAGUGUUGACAACAUCAAGGAAAACCCCAGAGAUGAAGUUUUUGCMAAACUAUGCGUUCAACUGCCAARCAUAGGAAAUACCAACGCAACUCKGAAAGCCAAAAUAGAUACGGGAGCACARGCAAACAUCCUUCCUAUCCGACUAUUUAGAGAAAUGUUCCCAAAUCAUGUGAGCCCUGAAGGUGAUCCUCUACCCAACGUUCUUAAUGCAUCUACGACAACACUAACAGCAUACGGCGGAUCAAAGAUAGAACAAUUCGGCACAUAUGACAUCGAAUGCACAUUCAACAGCAAAACGUCAAAAGCACCAUUUUACAUCACAAAUACACAAGGACGUGCUAUAAUAGGCCUCCCGACAGCCCUAGACCUUAAACUCGUUACACUGAACUGUUCUGUGGAGACACAGAAUGAAGCUAAGCGCACUGCGACUGAGCAUGAUCAGACGAAGUCCAACCCGCAUCAUAUCCGGAUCGACAGUAAAGAACAACUAUUAUCUACAUAUCCCGAUUGCUUCGACGGUGUGGGUAAAUUCCAAGGUGAUUAUCAUAUCACACUAGACCCAAACAUAGCCCCCGUGAUCCACCCGCCUAGACGAGUAGCSUUAAGUCUGAAAGACGACAUCAAAACAGAGCUUGACGAGAUGGUGGAACAGGGAAUUAUCACCAAAGUACGAGAAGGAGAACCUACCCCAUGGGUUAACAGCCUCGUUUAUAGACGAAAAUCUAACGGUAGAAUACGCAUAUGUCUUGAUCCAAAGGACUUAAAUGCCGCCAUCCAACGUGAUCAUCACGUAACGCCAACACUGGAGGAGAUUCUCCCCAACCUCAGCGGAGCUAAAUACUUCUCAAUACUAGACRCCAAAAGCRGAUAUUGGAACGUCGUUCUUGACAAAGAAUCAAGCUAUCUCACGACAUUCAAUUCCCCAUUUGGCCGAUACCGGUUCUUACGCAUGCCUUUUGGCCUCCGCAUGUCACAAGAUGUUUUUCAAUCCAAAAUUGAUCAAACCUUCGAAGGCUGCAGAGGAGUCAUAGGAAUUGUGGACGACAUAGUAGUAUACGGCAAAUCACCCGAAGAACAUGACCUCAACCUACACGGUAUGAUUCAAAGAUGUCAAGAAACCGGCCUAAAACUCAACCCAGACAAAUGCCAUAUAAAGCAAGAUAAGAUAAAAUUCUAUGGAAUCAUCUGCAGUGAAGCUGGCAUUCAGCCUGACCCAGCAAAAGUAUCGGCACUAAAACAAAUGAWACAACCAGAAGACCGCCGAGAACUUCAAACAUUCCUCGGAUUGGCGACAUACAUGAGUUCAUUUAUACCCAACCUUAGCACGCUUACUGCACCAUUAAGAGAUCAACUAAAAGAAAACAAAGUAUUCACAUGGAACGCAAGCUACCAAACUGCAUUUGAGCAAAUAAAGAAYUCGAUCACUGAGGCGACCACACUGACAUACUUCGACGAAAAGAAGGAAGUGACGCUGCAAGUUGACGCCUCUACCAAGGGCCUUGGAGCUGMAUURCUGCAAGAUGKCAAACCAGUCGCUUUUGCAAGCAAGUCAUUAACCCAGACCGAAGCAAGAUACGCUAAUAUUGAAAGAGAGUUAUUAGCAGUCGUAUAUGGWUGCGAGCGUUUCCACACAUAUCUUUUUGGAAGGUCGUUCACAGUACAUACCGACCAUAAGCCUUUAGAAAGCAUUCACCUCAAGCAUCUAAUAUCUGCACCACCCAGACUACAGAGGAUGUUACUCAGGCUUCAGCCAUAUGACCUGAAAAUUAAAUAUAUACCAGGCAAGGACAUGCUUAUAGCAGACGCACUGUCACGUCUCUCACCUGAAGAUAAAGACCCAAUAGACGGCAUGGAGGUUCAAAUACACGAGGUCUACCCUCAGUUCAGUAGAAACAUGAUCGACAAGAUUCGUGAAAACACAGUCACCGAUCAAGAACUAGCAGUUCUCAAACAAGUUAUCUUUGAAGGUUGGCCAUCAACCAUCAAGGAAGUUCCAAAGAUCCUAAAGCCGUACUGGUCAUUUAGGGACGAACUUGGAAUUGAUGACGGCAUCCUAACGAAAGGUCAAAGAAUAAUCAUUCCCUCGACGCUACAGGAUGAGAUUCUAGAGAAGCUACAUGCAGCACACCAGGGGACUGAGAAAACGAAACUCAGAGCCAGGACCGCAGUCUACUGGAGAAACCUUAACAGUGACAUUGAUAAAAUCACGCAAACAUGCACAACCUGUCAGAAGCACCAGACAUCUAAUGCAAAACAACCUUUGAUACCAACAGAGAUACCACCACGACCAUGGCACACCAUUGGAACUGACUUAUUUCACUUACUCGGCUCUGAUUAUCUUUUAAUAGCCGAUUAUUACUCGAAAUACUCAUUUGUUAGGAAGAUACCUAAGGGACAGAGUAAUAGCAGAACCAUCAUCAACAUGAUGAAACAGAUAUUCAGCGAACACGGAAUACCGACCACUGUUCGAUCGGAUAACGGCCCUCAUUAUGACAGCUUCGCCUUCACAGAAUUUGCCAAAGAAUAUGGAUUUCAACAUUUAACCAGCUCCCCUCAUUAUCCUCGAGGAAACGGCUUCAUAGAGAGUCAAGUAAAGACAGUCAAGGCUGUCCUCCUGAAAGCUCUCGAAACCCAACAGGAUCCCAACAUGGCUCUCCUCUGUCUGCGCACCACGCCUAUUGACAGCAAGCUUCCAUCGCCUUCAGAAUUGUUGCUAGGAAGAAAGCUGCAAGACAAUCUACCACACUCAAUCAGUAGGAGCC